AGGAACCUUGGGCUGCUGAGGUUCCUCUUCUGUGGACAGUCCCUGCCCCUCCCUGCUGAGGCUUCCUGUCAGAGCUUCCUUUCCAGACAGACAGACAGACAGAUCCAGAAGACAGAGGGUGCCAGGUCCAGCUCCCCUAACUGCAGAGAUGCAGCCACUGCUGCCGCUACUGCUGCCGCUGUUGUGGUGGAUCGAGUGUGUUGGGGGCCAGGGGUCCCAGGCAGGGGCUGGGGCUCCCACUAAUCCUCGGUCUCCCCCAGAGUCCCGGGAUCUGGAUGACAAAUACCAGCUGCAGGUGCAAAAGUCGGUGACGGUGCAGGAGGGCCUGUGUGUCUUGAUACCCUGCACCUUCUCCUACCCUCCAGGUGGCUGGAACCACCCUGACCCAGUUUUCGGCUACUGGUUCCGGGAACAGGCCAAUCCCAUGUUGGAUGCUCCAGUGGCCACAAACAACCCACGCAGGAAAGUAAACUCUCAGACCAGAGACCGAUUCCAGCUCCUCGGGGACCCCGGGGACAGGAGCUGCUCGCUGGUGAUCAGAGACGCACAGAGGAGGGACAUGGCCGUGUACUUCUUUCGGGUGGAGAGAGGAAAUUAUGUGAAAUUUAGUUUCAUGAAAUACACGCUAUCCCUGGAAGUGACAGGCCUGACAAAGAAGCCUGAUGUCUACAUCCCUGAGACCCUGGAGCCGGGACACCCAGCGACACUGCUCUGUGUUUUUCCCGGGAACUUUGAGGGCUGUCCGGCCCCCACGUUCUCCUGGACGGGGGCGGUCGUCUCCCAACAAGCAGCUGGACCACAAGCCUCCCUUUUCUCAGUGCUCACCCUCACACCGAGACCCCAGGACCACAACACCCAACUCACCUGUCGAGUGGACUUCUCCAGAAAUGGCAUGAGCAUUGCGAGGACCGUCCGACUGAGUGUGGCCAAUGCCCCAAAGGACGUUGUCAUCAGCAUUUCCAGGGCUAAAGGGUCAGCCCCAGAGCCCCAGGGAAACAUCUCACAUCUGGAAGUCCAGAAAGGCCAGUUUCUGAAGCUGCUUUGUGCGGCUGAUGGCCAGCCCCGGGCCACAUUGAGCUGGGUCCUGGACGACAGGGUGCUUUCCUGGUCCCCUUCAUCGGGUUCCAAAAACCUGAGGCUGGAGCUGCUUCGGGUGGGGCCCCAGGACACAGGGCACUACACCUGUCGAGCAGAGAACAGACUGGGCUCCCAGCAGCGCUCGCUGGACCUCUCUGUGCAGUAUCCUCCAGAGAACCUGAGAGUGAUGGUGUCCCAAGCAAACAGGACAGUCCUGGACAACCUCAGGAAUGACAUGUCCCUCCCAGUCCUGGAGGGCCAGUCCCUGAGCCUCGCCUGUGUCGCUGACAGCAGCCCCCCUGCCACCCUAAGCUGGGUAAGGGGGAGACAACCCGUGAGCCUCUCGCAGCCCUCGGACCCUGGGGUCCUAGAGCUGCCUCGGGUUCAGAAGCAAGACGAAGGGAAGGUCACCUGCCAAGCUCAGAACCUGCUGGGCUCCCGGCGGGUCUCUCUGCGCCUCUCUGUGCUCUACGCCCCGCAGCUGUUCAGCCCCUCCUGCUCCUGGGAGGCCCAGGGUCUGCGCUGCAGCUGCUCCGCCCGAGCCUGGCCCGCCCCCUCCCUGCACUGGCGGGUUGGGGACCACCUGGUGGAGGGAAACAGCAGCAACUCCUCGGUCAUGGUCACCUCCCGCUCCGCGGGGCCCUGGGCCAACAGCUCCCUGAGCCUCCGCGCUGGGCUCAGUCCCGGCCUCGGAAUCGGCUGCGAGGCCCGGAACGACCAUGGCGCCCACAGCGUCACGGUCCUACUGCUGCCAGGGAAACCCCAGUGUGAGGGAGGAUUUGUUCAGGCGGCCGUCGUGGGAGCUGGUGUCGCCUCCACGCUCUUUCUCUGUCCCUGCCUCAUCUUCCUCAUGGUGAAGACCCGAAGGAAGAUGGCAACCAAGACAACAACUGGAGGAUCCGGUGCCCCCUCUGUCUUGGGAACCAUCACGUGGGGUCACAGGCAGGAUUCCUGGCCAGGCGGCCUCCCAGACUGCCCACCCCCAGCUGUGGCCACCCCCACCUCAGGAGAAGAGGAGGAACUCCAUUACGCCUCCCUCGUCUUCCACGGGCUGAGGCCCCAGGAGCCUCAGGGCCCGGAGGCCACCAGCACCACCGAGUACUCGGAGAUCAAGGUCCGCCAGUGAGGACUUGCCCAGAGCCCAGGUCCGGCUGAAGCGCCCAGGGCUUCCCUGAGAAGGGACACUUGAGGGGGAUUCCUGAGUCAACAGUUCUCCACGUGAACAGGAUUUAACCACUGUAUGGGUGUGGCACAACGUUUAAGCGCCAGGCUGCUAACCGAAGGUUGGUGGUUCAAUCCCACCAGCCACUCUGGGGGAGAAAGAUGCGGCAGUCUGCUUCUGUAAAGAUUACAGCCUUGGAAACCCUAUGGGGCAGUUCUACUCUGUCACAUGGGGUCGCCAUGAGUCUGAAUCGACUCAACAACACCUGACAGAACAACAUGGGAGUUUCACAGUGUGGGGACGGGCAGAACUGGGCUCAGCUCUCAGUCCCAUCCCUACCUAAGAGCAGGAGUUCGAACAAGUCACCUCACUGCUCAGUUUCCUCCUCUGUCAAAUGGGCACGACAAACCUAAGUCACAGGGUUGUUGUGAGGAGUCAGGAAGUAAUUAAUGUGAUGCUUCUGUUAUGGACUGAAUUGUGCCCCCCACCCCAAAUAUGUGCUGGAAGCCUACCACUACAUCUGUGGAAGUGAGCCCUGGUGAUGCAAGUUAGCGGUUAGGACAUCAACAUAACUUUAGGGGGACACAAUUCAAUCUAUAACACUGGGGAACAAAACCUGUGACAUACUAUCUAUUUAAAAAUAAUAGAGAUAACUCUAAUUAUAGUACAUUUGAAACUCAAAUAUUUAGGAAUAUAUAUCAAUGAAAUCACUAUAGAAUAAAGUUUAACUGUUGAGAAAAGUGUACUAAAAGUGUACACCACUCAGACAAAAACUUGUACGUGAUUAUUCAUAGCAGUAUUACUCAUAAUAGCCAGAAAGUGGAAACAACCCAAAUGUCCAUCAACUAAUGAACAGAUAAACAAAUGUGGUCUAUCCAUACAGUGGAAUAUUAUUCAGCCAUAAAAAGGAAUAAAGUAGUGAUAAUGCUACAUGGCUGAACUUUGGAAACAUUAUGCUACGUGAAAGAAGCCAGUUGCCAAAAGCUACACAUUGUAUGAUUCCAUUUAUAUAAAAUGUUCAGAAUAGGUAAAUCUAUAGAGACAAGAAGUAGAUUAGUGGUUGCCUAGGCCUGGGAGGAAUGUGGAGAUUGGAGGGUGAUACCUAAUGGGCACAAGUUUUCUUUUGGGGGUGACAAAAAAUGAUUGUGGUGAUGGUUGCAGAACUCUGUGAACAUACUAAAAACCAUUGAAUUGUGCACAUUUAAACAAAGUGAAUUGUGUAUUCUGUGACUGAUAUUUCAAUAGUUAAUUGAAAAUGUUAAUGUUUAACCUGUCCCUUAUAUUUAAGGAGUGCCUUUUUUUAAAUAGUAUUUUACUGUGCUUUCAGUGAAGGCUCA